AUGGCCAAGACCAAACCUGGAAAAAAGGACCUGGACUCUUACACCAUCAAGGGCACCACCAAAGUCGUUCGAACUGGUGAUUGUGUGUUAAUGCGACCAUCGGACUCCGAUAAGCCUCCAUAUGUGGCACGCGUGGAGAAGAUCGAAGCGGACCACCGCAACAACGUGAAGGUUCGGGUUCGAUGGUAUUAUCGACCUGAGGAGUCCAUCGGAGGGCGAAGACAGUUCCAUGGAGCCAAGGAGCUGUUUCUAUCAGACCACUAUGAUGUGCAGAGUGCACACACUAUAGAAGGGAAGUGUACGGUGCACUCCUUCAAGAACUACACUAAGCUUGAGAAUGUGGGAGCCGAGGAUUACUUCUGUAGGUUUGAGUACAAGGCUUCCACGGGAGGGUUCACACCAGACCGCGUGGCUGUGUAUUGUAAAUGUGAGAUGCCAUACAAUCCGGAUGACCUUAUGGUGCAGUGUGAGGGAUGCAAGGACUGGUUUCAUCCCUCUUGUAUGGGUAUGACCAUUGAAGAUGCAAAAAAGUUGGAGCACUUCUUGUGUUCUGACUGCUCAUCUGAUGAUGAUGCCAAAAGAUCCUUGAAUACAUUCCCAGUAUCACCAUCUGUUGAGGCUAAGGUUUCCUUGCUUCAAUGA